GGAGGCGGAGGCAGAGAGUAGCAACCGACUGACAUAGCACCUACGACGGACCGCCAGCUCUACGUGCUCAACUACGUGUAUCACAGGACGCACAUUGGAUCCAGAUCCAGUCCUUUCCCCGACACGUCGCAACACAGCCAACUCUCUACACGAAUCCGUAUUCUUGCGUUCAGUUAGCCUAAGUAUCAACAACCAUUGUAUUUAAAAGUCACGUCUUAUCUCAUCAAUAUAUUUAUAACUAAGUAAUUUUGGUGUUUCUUCAUCAUUGUGUGCGUCUGCAAGCGUUAUGACCCGGCACCUCAAGCUGAAGCCAAGUUUCACCGUUUCGGCAACACCAGGCAUAACCAAGGAUAUAACAUACAAUCCAACCACUGAGAAGAAUACAAUAGAGGCGGAUUUGCAAACAAGAAUGUUAAGAGCCACACGUGAAAGUAAGCCAUCGCAGAUCUCCUCAUCUGCACAAUCCACUAUAGAGACGAUGGGCAUUGACAACGAAACAACCAUGUUCUCAACUGUGCAGGAACAAUGGACGUUGCAAAAAGGCAAUGACAAAAAAACAACUAUGUUCUCAAUUCAAACAGUCACAGCAGAAACACCAUGCUCUGCUAAUUGUGGUGAUAUUUGCUCGUUAUAUAAUAUACCAUUAUGUCCAUGUACCGGAGCGAGAUGUGGUUACUUAUUAAUUGGGUGUUUUACUGACACAUAUGCACGUGCUAUCCCUACCCUUGAAGGUACUGAUUCACGACUCGAUGGAUACUACAAAACACGCAUAAAUCCUAUUGAGAAAUGUGCUUCCGUAGCUAUAGAUCAUGGUUACGGAAUGUUUGCGGUUCAGAAUGGAGGAUGGAAGCCUGGCGUCUUCCGCAUUAAACAAUAUUGGCCCUUGGAGUGCACCAACGGCGUUUUUAUUCCAUCCGUCGUCAUUACGGAUUGCAGAAUUGUCUCACGUGAAAAAUAUUCAUUUAUGCACAAUGGUUUCACCGUUUCGACGACACCAGACAUAAUAAAGGAUAUAACAUUCAAUCCAACCACUGAGAAGAAUACAAUAGAGGCAGAUUUGCAAACAACAAUGUUAAAAACGACACGUGAAAGAAAGCCAUCGCACAUCUCAUCAUCUGCACAAUUCACUAUAGAGACAACGGGCAAUGGCAACGAUAGAGCCAUGUUCUCAACUAUGCAGAAACAAUGGACGUUGCAAACAGGCAAUGACAACAAAACAACUAUGUUCUCAAUUCAAACAGUCACAGCAGAAACACCAUGUCCUGCUAAUUGUGGUGAUGUUUGCUCGCUUUAUAAUGUACCAUUAUGUCCAUGUACCGGGGUGACAUGUGAUUACUUUUUAAUUGGGUGUUUUACUGACACAUAUGCACGUGCUAUCCCCACCCUUGAAGGUACUGAUGCACGACUCGAUGGAUACUACAAAACACGCAUAAACCCUAUUGAGAAAUGUGCUGCCGUAGCUCUAGAUAAUGGUUACGGAAUGACUGAGCGUGAGAAGAAACAGAGAGAGCGUGAGGAGAGGGAUGAACGAGCAGCCAAAAGUGAGGCUGAACGUGAGGCUGAAAGGUUGAGACGUGAGGAAAGGGACAGAGAGCGUGAGGAUGAACGUGAAGUUGAAAGCUUGAAAAUUGAAGCAAUAGAGAACGAGACAGUGAAGAAAAAGAGAAAAUAA